CUUAAGGUUGUUGGACAUGAAGCGUCUCAUCAAACAUCUCAUCAUGCCACAGCUGCUCAUCGAUCGCAGCAAAGCCGCGGCCGCUUCUUUCGACAACUCAAUCUCGCAGGAAUGGGACAUUCUCGGCUCUAUGAUUCCGGGAUACGAUAACAUCGCCGAAGGCUUUUACUUUUUUGACGCGUAUUGGCCUCCCCAUCUGCUACAUCGACGACCGAGUUUAACUUUUGAAGAAUAUACCCCACCUGAUGGUGACGGGACAGAGACAGAGGUUGAGAGUCUUGGCGACGGGGAUGAUGCACGAGAGGUAGCACCACCGGACGCAGUAAAAGCCACUGCAGCUGGCGCACAAAAUUACAUCUAUGACUUUUCGCCAGUCCUUCAGCGCUUGGACGAUUUGGCGUACCAGUGUAUUCACGGGCCGCGAAACAAAAUCCUGCACGAUCUUGGAAUUCCGCAGCGAUGGAGGCAAUUGCUAGAACGUUUGACCUGGGAAACAGAAUGCGAUCACUGGAAGCAGGAAUGGUAUCAACAAUUAGGACUGAUUGGCCCGACUGCACCUCCUCUCCCUUGGAAGGACAUGGAGCAUUUUUGGGCCAUCAGCGACAAGCCGCUGCGAAAGGCUGCUUUCUUCAUUUGGCCUGAUGCGGACAUCGAAGAAGAGGCAGAGGACCACUUUGAAUCAAAACCGUCGACGCAUGCAACAUGCUACAGAUAUUGCCAAUAUUCAUGGAGAUGUGAAUAUCAAGCGAACGCCCAUACUGAUACGGUUGAGGCGGUGCGGCGCUCGCGCCGGUGCUGGGGGGGAUGGAAAUGGAAAGCGGAAGAUGGACGUCAAUUCUAGUUAAAUGCGACAAAGAUCUAUUUAUGGUUGUCGACAUUUACAAUCUCAACCAGCACAUUCAUUGUCCUGCUCGAGCCCUCCAAGGACUCCUUGAUUGUUUCGCUUUCGAGACUAAUAUCUACCACAACGAACGUUAAGAAAUCCACAUUUCUCAUUUUUACUUCUCAGCAUUUUUAUCAAUAAUUGUAUAGUUUUACAUUAUUAUCAACUUCAACAGAAUACAAAAACAUUCGUAGGGACCGUAUUAAAACCUCAUUUCCUUUUGCCGUCGCUUGACAGUGUGAAUAAAGAGCAGCCAUAUCCAUACCCUGGCUCAGUUGUGCCAGCCCAUAUUUGUACACAAAAAGCAAGAAGUAUGCGAUCCAUGUGAAUGCAUAAAGAAAGGAGAUCAGUAUGCAGUAUACUGACCCUGAAAGUGAAACAGAGAAUCCAUAUAGUGAAUAGCGAUAGCUGCUCGUCUUCGUCAUCCAACGUUUAUUUUUCUUUGCGCUCCUCCAGUGGACAAUUGAUGAUAUCUUCCAACCCGGAGAACAACUAUGCUAAACAAGAUUUUCAUGAUUUUGCUCGAUUCUGCUUGUUGUCAUUGAUGUCAUUGUGUCGCGUAUUACACGACCGCUGAGUGCGAGGUGACUGAAUCUGAAACUGAAACGGAAUUCCCGUGAUGGAAAUCAUGAAAAAUGAAAUCAGUAUUGCAGCAAAAAGCACGACGAUGAACAUGCAUACACGACUCAGAU